AUGAGCUCCCUGAGCUUGCGGAGCCUAGCUCCCGCUUCGAAGAUUUCCCGUGCUUUGAGGGACCAGAGACGUCUUUUCUCCUCGACAAGGGCAGCAGCCCGCAUAUUCGCCAACGGUCCUUUGCGCGCUAAGGAGGCUACUGGUUACAUUUCCUCGAAGUAUCCUGUUAUUGACCACGAAUACGAUGCUGUUGUUGUCGGUGCUGGUGGUGCCGGUCUGCGUGCGGCCUUCGGUCUGGCGGAAGCCGGGUUCAACACUGCCUGUGUCUCGAAGCUCUUCCCUACAAGAUCUCACACUGUUGCCGCUCAGGGUGGUAUCAAUGCUGCUUUGGGAAACAUGCACCCCGACGACUGGAGAUGGCACAUGUACGAUACCGUGAAGGGUUCCGAUUGGCUUGGUGACCAGGACGCCAUCCACUACAUGACCAGAGAGGCUCCCGCUAGUGUUCGUGAGCUCGAGGGUUACGGAUGCCCCUUCUCCCGUACCGAGGAUGGCCUUAUCUACCAGCGUGCGUUCGGUGGUCAGUCCAAGGAAUUCGGCAAAGGUGGACAGGCCUACCGUUGCUGCGCCGUCGCUGAUCGUACCGGUCACGCUCUUCUCCACACACUCUACGGACAGUCUCUGCGCCACAACACUAACUACUUCAUCGAGUACUUCGCUCUGGAUCUGCUGAUGGAGGAUGGUGAGUGCCGCGGUAUCAUCGCCUACAACCAGGAGGACGGUACCCUGCACCGCUUCAAGGCCCACCACACUGUUUUGGCCACUGGUGGAUACGGACGUGCCUACUUCAGCUGCACAUCUGCCCACACUUGCACUGGUGACGGUAUGGCCAUGGUCGCCCGUGCUGGUCUGCCCAACCAGGAUCUUGAGUUCGUUCAGUUCCACCCAACUGGUAUCUAUGGUGCUGGUUGCCUGAUCACCGAGGGUGCUCGUGGUGAGGGUGGUUAUCUGCUCAACUCCGAGGGUGAGCGUUUCAUGGAGCGUUAUGCCCCCACCGCCAAGGACCUGGCUUCCCGUGACGUCGUCUCUCGUUCCAUGACCCUCGAAAUCCGUGAGGGCCGUGGUGUUGGUCCCGAGAAGGACCACAUCUACCUGCAGCUGAGCCACCUGCCCGCCGAGCUUCUGCACGAGCGACUGCCCGGUAUCUCCGAGACCGCCUCCAUCUUCGCCGGUGUCGACGUCACCAAGCAGCCCAUCCCCGUCCUGCCCACGGUCCACUACAACAUGGGUGGUAUCCCCACCAAGUACACUGGUGAGGUCUUGACUGUGGAUGAGCAGGGUAACGACAAGGUUGUCCCCGGUCUGUACGCCUGUGGUGAGGCCGCCUGUGUCUCCGUCCACGGUGCCAACCGUCUGGGUGCCAACUCUCUCCUCGAUCUCGUCGUCUUCGGCCGUGCCGUUUCUCACCGUGUCCGUGACAUCGCUACCCCUGGCAAGGCCCACCGUGAGCUGAGCCCCGACGCUGGUGCCGAGUCCAUCAAGGACCUCGACUUCGUCCGCAACGCCGAUGGCCCCAAGUCGACUCACGAGAUCCGUAACGCCAUGCAGAAGACCAUGCAGACUGAUGUCAGCGUCUUCCGUACCCAAGAGAGUUUGGAUGAGGGUGUUCAGAAGAUCACUGCCAUCGACAAGAUGUUCGACCAAGUCGGUACCAAGGACCGCAGCAUGAUCUGGAACUCUGACCUUGUCGAGACUCUGGAACUUCGUAACCUGCUCACUUGCGCUACUCAAACCGCUGUUGCCGCCGCCAACCGCAAGGAGUCUCGUGGUGCCCACGCCCGUGAGGACUACCCCGAGCGUGAUGAUGAGAACUGGAUGAAGCACACUCUCACCUGGCAGAAGAAGCCUCACAGUGAGAUCGACCUCAGCUACCGCGCUGUCGAGCACAAGACCCUCGACGAGAACGAGUGCAAGAGCGUGCCUCCCUUCAAGCGUGUCUACUAGAUACAUUCCUCUACACUUGAUGUGAAGUGUAAUCUCGGCAUUCAUAUGUCUUCAAUGAGGCUGGAUUUGCCACAGGAUCCGGGUCAACCUCAACAUAGGAACCACAGGCUUUUCGACCCAUCAGCCCUUAAUUUCGUUGCUGAGCUGUGGAGGAUGGAUUGAUAAAAGAGCGUCAUGAAAAUUCUGCAUUUCCCUGUGUUAUAUCUGUAUAUCCAUGUUUUCCCUUUCAGGCGAUGAGUUAGGUGUACUCACGUUAUUUGUUUUCAUAGCAGUUUCUCAUCUACAAUUGGAGUUUCUUUUGCGUCAGGAUAGGGCUAUCCAAUCCAGUUUAGAAUUCUUCAAUAUAACCGCUAUACGGGAGUCUGGAAGCUAG